CCGACUCCGAGCAGCUGUGCAGCUUCAGGAUCGCUCACCAUCAGACAGCGGGAGUCACCGGCGGAGAGCACACCGACUCAAACGUUACACUGGUUAGGAGACAAACGCUGCCUUCAGGAGCGUUGCUUUCACAAAACGACAUGGGAGACCGAGUGGCUUUACUGCUGCUUGCUGUGUUGGCCUCGGCCAUGGCUGUGGAGGUUCCCGCGGACGUUUCCAUGGGUCUGCUGGCCGAGCCCCAGGUGGCGAUGUUUUGCGGUAAACUCAACAUGCACAUCAACGUGCAGAGCGGCAAGUGGGAGCCCGACCCCUCCGGCAGGAAGAGCUGCAUCGGUACCAAAGAGGGCAUCUUGGAGUACUGCCAGGAGGUGUAUCCAGAACUCCAGAUCACCAACGUAGUGGAAGCCAACCAGCCAGUCAGCAUCCAGAACUGGUGCAAGAAGGGACGCAACCAGUGCCGCAGCCAUAUGCACAUAGUGGUGCCCUAUCGCUGCCUGGUGGGAGAAUUUGUGAGCGACGCCCUGCUGGUUCCUGACAAGUGCAAAUUCCUCCACCAGGAGCGGAUGGAUAAAUGCGAGAGCCACCUGCACUGGCACACCGUAGCCAAGGAGAACUGUGGAGACCGCACCAUGAAUCUCCAUGACUACGGGAUGCUGCUGCCCUGCGGGAUUGACCGCUUCAGAGGAGUGGAAUUUGUCUGCUGCCCCAGCGAGGCGGAGAGGGGCGCGGACAGCGUAGAGCAGGACGCUGACGAUUCUGACGUCUGGUGGGGCGGCGUGGAGACGGACUACGCCGACAACAGCAUGGUGCGGGAGCCGGAGCCAGCAGAGCAGCAAGAGGAAACCAAACCAUCUGUGGUGGAGGAGGAUGAGGACAAGCCGGAGGAGGAGGGUGACGACGACGAAGAGGAGGAUGAGGAGGAGGAGGAUGAUCAGUUGGACAACGACCAGGACGGAGACGGAGAGGAGGACGAGGAGGCGGUGGACGAGGAGGAUGACGAUGAUGAGGACGAUGGCGUCAUCAUCGACGCGCUUGACGACGCCGACGAGCCCACCACUAACGUCGCCAUGACGACCACCACCACCACAACCACGGAGUCUGUGGAGGAAGUUGUCAAAGAUGUGUGCUGGGCCAAUGCUGAGACUGGCCCAUGCCGGGCCAUGCUGCCCCGCUGGUACUUUGACCGCCAGGAUGGCCGCUGUGUUCAGUUUAUCUACGGUGGCUGCGGAGGCAACAGGAAUAACUUUGAUUCAGAGGAGUACUGCCUGGCUGUCUGCAGCAGCGUCAUUCCCACAGCAAAGCCCAGCUCCCCCGACGCGGUGGACAACUACCUAGAGACGCCCGCCGACGAGAACGAGCACGCCCACUUCCAGAAAGCAAAGGAGAGUCUGGAAGCGAAGCACCGCGAGAGGAUGUCCCAGGUGAUGAGGGAGUGGGAGGAGGCCGAGAGGGAAGCCAAGAAUCUUCCACGUGCCGACAAAAAAGCUGUGAUUCAUCGUUUCCAAGAGAAGGUGGAGGCUCUGGAGCAGGAGGCGGCCAGCGAGCGCCAGCAGCUGGUGGAGACCCACAUGGCCCGGGUGGAGGCUCUGCUCAACGACCGGCGCCGCCUGGCUCUGGAGAGCUACCUUACGGCUCUGCAGCAGGACCCACCCAGGCCCCGUCACGUCUUCAGCCUGCUGAAGAAGUACGUCCGCGCCGAGCAGAAGGACAGGCAGCACACCCUCAAACACUUUGAACACAUUCGCAUGGUGGACCCCAAAAAGGCUGCUCAGAUCAGGCCUCAGGUGCUUACUCAUCUGCGUGUAAUUGAGGAACGUAUGAACCAGUCUCUGGGCCUUCUCUACAAAGUCCCUGGUGUUGCCGACGACAUCCAAGACCAAGUUGAGCUCCUGCAGAGGGAGCAGGCCGAGAUGGCCCAGCAGCUGGCCAACCUGCAGACCGACGCCAGGGUGAGCUACGGGAACGACGCCCUGAUGCCCGACCAGGAAUUCGGAGAUGGCCAGACUGACCCGCUACCCCAGGAGGACACCCUGGGAGGAGUCGGCUUCAUCCACCCUGAGAGCUUCAACCAGCAGAACACAGAGAACCAGGUGACCGGAGUCAAGAUGGACGCCGUCCCCGAGAUGCGGAUGGAGACAGAGGACAGACAGAGCACUGAAUAUGAAGUCCACCACCAGAAACUGGUCUUCUUCGCCGAGGACGUCAGCUCCAACAAGGGCGCCAUAAUCGGGCUCAUGGUGGGAGGCGUGGUCAUAGCAACGGUGAUCGUCAUCACCCUGGUGAUGCUGAGGAAGAAGCAGUACACUUCCAUCCACCACGGAGUCAUUGAGGUGGAUGCUGCCGUCACCCCCGAGGAGCGCCACCUGUCCAAGAUGCAGCAGAACGGCUACGAAAACCCCACCUACAAGUUCUUUGAGCAGAUGCAGAACUGAGGCGACAAAUAAAAAAAAAAAGAAAUAAACACACACACUCAUAAACACACCAUCACCUCCCCCCGCCUCUCCUCCUGUUUCAUACCACUUCCUUCACUUUAUUGCAGCAAGACGCCUUUUUCUCUUUCUUUUUUGUUUAAUUAAAUUAAAUUGUAGAAGUUGCUGCGUCUCGGCCGUAAGCGGGAGGGGGAAAGGCAAAAAAAAAGAAAAAAAAAAGCACACUUUCUCCGUUUAGUUUCGGGGCGGCACGUCUCUAAAAACAAAAUGAUUUCAUCCUCCUGGAGAACAAGUGAGUGUCCCCCUCUCUUUCCUUUCUCCUCCCUCCAUCCUCGCCUCCUUCCACGCAACAGCUGGGCUGUGUGAAGCCGCCCCGGGCUCCGAAGGGACAACACGGCGACCACGUUGACGACGGCUGUAGUAAAUGUUGGAGCUGUUUUUACUUUGUCGUUUCCACUUUUCUUUUUUGAAAAAAGAUCGAAAACGGUAAAAAAAAAAAAAAAAGUAAACUGAUGUAAAGUCAUUUUUUUAAAAUUGCGUGUAAUGUUGCUGAAGUAAUAAUGCUGAAGUCUUAGCUGUUUAUGUAGUGUGCAUGACAACAGGAUUUGGAGUAAGGAAAAAAAAAAAACACAACCGGAUCUUGACGCUGCUCUCUCUGGAGAUCCUUCCUCACUCAGAUUGUCAUUCUAGCAAGAUUGUACAUUUAGUAUCCAAUCGUGAUCACGUGACCAUCCAGACGAGAACGAAAAAUAUCUAGAAACCUAGAGGAACUGGCUCUGCUUUUUCAUAUCAUGUGAUUUUAGUUUUCCUCUUUUCUUAAUUUUUUUUUAAGUUAGAAGUUCUGAGCUCCUCCCGUUCCUGAGGCUGGAGGGCAAAGAGGAGAUUCAUCUCUAAAUUUUCACCCAUCGAAGUAUAUUGUCCAGAAUCCUUACGUGUACCGACGUUCUGAACGCUGCAAAAACAAAACCCUACUAAGUGUUUUUGCUCUUUUUUUAUUGUUUAGUACACUUGAAAUGAGAAAACUAAAUCACAAGCAAAUUUUCAGCAAGAAGUGAGUUUAAUUCAAUUAAAAAUGGCAGAUUGUUCCAUUUAUAACUAGUACUUUAUCAAUAGUUAGGCCUUAUUUACUUAAAAUAAGCUCCUAUAUUGUGCUGAAAAGUUACUUGUAAGUUAGUUUUUUAGAAAUUAGAGCAAAAAUACUUGAGACUUUGUGUUUUUGCGGCGGAGUUACUCCUGAUCUCGUUCUUGUUUGUGUGACGGUUGAGAGAAGCAGGUUGGGAUGGUUUCCAUGGUUCCUACACAGUCUGGACGGAAAAAUAUCUUUAUUUCCACACCUUAACCCUUUCUGCCAUCCUCCCAGUUUCUCGUUCUUUUUUUUUCUUCUUUUUUUUGCAGAUGCAAUAUUUUCCACUCACCCACUGUUGGAUAUUUAUCAUAGAGUUCUGGUGAACUUGUGUAUUUUAUAUUUUUUAAAGUGGAAACAAAAUACUGGGGAGUCUGGAAAUGACUAUGAAAUCGGUGUAGGAACCCUUUCAGUCGCGUUUUCCUCCAUUUGUAAGCCAAUGCCGUCUCAUUAUUCCUUUAGUUUUGCUUCAGGAGUGCUAAGAGGUAGAAAAGGAGGAAGAGGAGAGGAAAUGACUUGCAGUUUCGGAUGGAUAACCAGGCAGUCUGUGUAUAUAAUGGAUUUUUCACUUCCCGCUGCACCUCCCUUCCCUUCCUCGCCUUUUCUUUUUCCUCCCGGUGUUGCUGCUCACCUCUCUGCCAUCAGCUCAGACGCUGACACACAGAUAUCGAUGUUUUCACCGCAGAGAACCAACAGCCAAGUUGGAGGAGAGCGUAAAGUACAUGGAACCUCUCACACGUGUUCAUAGAUCCCAUGACGAAUGAAGCAACUGAGUGAAAUGUAUAUUUUAGGGAUGCUGCUGGGUGAGUUUGUUGUUUCAGAGGGUGCGCCAUAGAGUAGUAGAAGAAGAAGAAGCAGGAUUUUAUUAUUUUUUUCUCUCUGUGGGGUAUAUGUUUGUUUUUUUUCCACUGUGUAAUAUUGUGCAGGCCAUUUGCAUCGACUGGGAAAAUGCUUUCUACACUGUAUUCCAUAAUAAAGUUUUGAAUGUACAUAAAAAUAAAA